CACAUACAUGUAUAUUCUGAGAGUACUUUUGCGGUAUUGGGAAGUCACCACUGUCAUCUCACCUGUGCAACCGAAGAUCACACAGUCUUCAAAAUACUUACAUUAAAAUUCUGGUCUCUCGUUACCUUUAUCUGUUCAACUGGCAUUAGCUGAAACGGGCUCGAAUUCAACCAACAUGACGAUGAAGACUGUCCAAAUUAUCGAGCGGCUCCUUGCUCUCCUAUAUGCAUGUUUUGAGAAUCUGAUACACGGUGGCAUCAUCUUUGGCUGGCCCUCACUGGUCUUUGUCUUCAUCCAGCUUGGCUAUUUCAGUGAAUUAUGCAGUGACACCAGUGCAAAUGCGACAUCUUCUUUACAGCUCAACACUAUUACCGAUGCUCAAAAUCUCAGCAAGCCAGGCGGUGUUGAAUCUUGUCCAGAACAGGAGAGUCGUCUACAACUCAUCUUCUCUGUCACUGUGGCUGUGCAAGCUUUAUGCAUGUUUCCUGUUGGGUUCAUGUUCGAUUACUUUGGUACCCGAUUAUCCCGCGUGGUCAUGAGUAUCUUUAUGCUCAUUGGCUACGUAUUAAUGGCAUUCAGUUCUCCAACUUACCCUAUUCUGGUGUUUCCCGGAACCAUCUGUUUUACCAUUGGAGGAGUCAUCAUGCUCUUUUCUUCUAUGCAGAUUGGGAAUCUUUUCGGAGGGCAGAAGUCUACCAUUAUAACAUUAAUCAACUCUAUGUAUGGUGGAUCUGUCAUUCUGUUAUUCAUUGCCAAGAUAGUGCACGAUGCCGGGUUUUCGAUCAACCUUCUCUUCUUCAUCUUGGCCGGUUCCGUUGUCUUUCUCAACAUCAACACCUUCCUCGUCCUUCCUACCAAGUAUAUUCCCUGGCCUCUUCCAGAAGGGUACAGACUUAUCACCUGUUGCACCCCCAGGACCCCUACAGAGGCGACAGAAGAUUGCGCAUACGACAACCAAGGGUACGCAGAGGAUCCAUUUAGCGAGGUGGUGGGUGUCAAUGAGUACUCCAGGCGGACUAGCGUGGGUUCGACACGCAGGAAAAGUAGUACUUAUGAAGGUCGGAGAAUGAGCCUGUCAAUUGCAAUGGAUACAAAAAGUGAGACGGUCGACGGUGGCAUCUCCGAGGCUGAGGAAAGAAAGAAGAAGGAGUAUGAAAGCCUCGGGUCGUGCCUCCUGUCGAUGCCGUUUUGGCUAAUACUUCUCUGGCAGGCAUUUCUGGAGAUGGACGUUCUCUUUACCUUUGGAACCCUAAACUUCUUCUUGACAAGACUGUCCAACGGUGAUGAGGAUCUCGUGAGCUGGUACACAAACGUCUUCGCUAUCACACAGUUCUUCACCAUCAUCGUUGGUCCUCUUGGUGGUCUUCUCAUGGAUAGGAAUAGCAUCUCGAUGUCGUGUUCGAAAUCCAAGAAACCAAAGGAUAGAGGCCCGUACGCCGAGAUGCGAGAUAGCUGUCUUCCUCUGGCCAUAACCACUGUAGCUUCAAUUGGCUACUCCAUCUGUCUUCUGAUUCCAAACCUUCGACUCCAGUAUCUGACUUUCAUCUUCAUUCUCGUAAUGAAGUCUCUACUCUUCGGAGUCGGGUCGGCGGUUGUAGCGGUGGUAUUUCCUAUGAAGUAUUUCACAAGUGUAUACGGUGCCCUUCGAACCAUCAGUGGAUUAUUCACGUUUCUUCAGUACCCAAUCUUCAUCCUUCUCCGGAGAUAUCUCGAUGAUGACCCUUUCUGGGUUACCAUUGCAUUCAUAAUUGGUGAUGUAUUCACGUUCACCUUACCUGCUGCCCUCUACGUUCUCAGUAAACGGAAAACUUCAACGGACAACAACAACAAGUAGUGAGCUGUCAUCAACAUCAGUCACGAAGUUUGGAGUUAUGGGGGCACGUC